CCGGCCGCUCGGCUCGGCGCUCGGCUCGGGUCCGCGGCCGCUGCGGCGCGGGGCAUUUCUCCGCAGCUCGGCUCGCGGCCGCGCCCGCCCGGCCCGCGCCCAUGCAGGCCAUCAAGUGCGUGGUGGUCGGCGACGGCGCCGUGGGGAAGACCUGCCUGCUCAUCAGCUACACGACCAACGCCUUCCCGGGAGAGUACAUCCCCACCGUUUUCGACAACUACUCCGCCAAUGUGAUGGUGGACGGGAAGCCGGUCAACCUGGGGCUAUGGGACACUGCCGGGCAGGAGGACUACGACCGGCUGAGGCCAUUGUCCUAUCCCCAAACUGAUGUCUUUCUGAUCUGUUUCUCUCUGGUGAGCCCGGCGUCCUUUGAGAAUGUCCGAGCCAAGUGGUACCCAGAAGUGCGACACCACUGCCCCCACACGCCCAUCCUCCUGGUGGGCACCAAGCUGGACCUCCGUGAUGACAAGGACACCAUUGAGCGUCUGCGGGACAAGAAGUUGGCACCGAUCACCUACCCCCAGGGCCUGGCCAUGGCCCGCGAGAUCGGCUCUGUCAAGUACCUGGAGUGCUCAGCCCUCACUCAGCGGGGCCUGAAGACGGUGUUUGACGAGGCCAUCCGGGCUGUGCUCUGCCCGCCGCCUGUGAAAAAGCCGGGGAAGAAGUGCACGGUCUUCUAGAGGGUCUUCUAGAGGCUGCUUCGGGAGGGGCAGCCCCGCCCAGCCCUGGUUUGCUGUCGUGUUGACAUGUCUGGUGUCCUUGAGUCUGCUGUGGGGGAGUGGUGUGGGUGGGGAGGGGGAAGAAGCAUGGGGACGAGGCCACCGCUCCUGGGGACAGGGCUGGGGCAGUGGGGUCCUGUCUGCUCUGUCUCCUCUCUCUGGGGUUACAGCUCCAACUGUACCUGGACCCCACGGGAGGCUGGAAGGGAGCAGGGUCUCCCUCAGGCUGCAGGGGCGGGUCCAGGGCAGCCCCAGGAUGGGCUUCCUGAUGGGGGGAGGUGGGGGG